AUGAUUAUUACAUUGCUUACUGUUGUGGAAUCUUCUUUAGAUUUUUGGCAUGAACUUCCUGGAUACAAUAUCAGAACUUGGAUGGUCAAUUCAAUGAUACCCAUUGAUACUUCUGAUUUAUAUUAUUGUGUCAACUUUAAAGAAACAAAUAAAGAACUGCUGGGGAGAAUUGUGAAAAAACAAUAUAUAGCACUUUAUGGUCCUCGAGCAUCAGGCAAGUCAACACGAGCUUAUGUAGCCAUGCACCAGCUUACAGAACUUGGAUUCAUUUGCUUUUAUGUAACCUUUGAAAAUAUCUGUAUUGAUCAAGGAGAAGAACUUUUUUGCCAUGAUUUAGACAAUAAUUUUAGAUCAAGUUGUCAAGGAGAUUUCCUUAAAUGGUUUGCACAACGCACCUAUGAAAAACCUGUUGUCCUCUUCAUUGAUGAGUUUGAUAGGCUGUACAGUGCAGCUGCUGAGAUCCGGGAUGGUUGUCUGAGUACUAUUUGUGCUAUCAAGCACAUGGCAGGAGUUCCUCUCCAUUCAGUAGUUGCUGUUGGGACUUUUGCCAUUCUUGCUCUAGAGUCCAACAAUGGUACAUCUCCAUUCAAUAUACAAAACCCCUUUCAGAAUCCUAAUUUAACCCAUAAAGAAGUUGAAUCUCUUUUCACUGUGUUUGCUUCAGAUCAAAGCAUCACAAUAGAUUCCAAUGUUGUUGAAGAUAUUCAUUGGCAAACAAAUGGACAUGCUAAUCUUGUAUGUAUAUGUGGGAAAGUGAUUGAUGAUAAAAUGACUAGGCUUCUUGAAUUGCGCCAUCUCCCUGUUGCAAAAUGGAAGAAAUUUGGGGUCUGGACAAUAGAAACAGACCAU